AUGACAAGCCAGUUUGAGAUUCAGCCAGUGUCUGUAACACAAAUAACAAGUGUAUCUAAUGCGGGAAGCAAACGACCUUCUUUAAUUGAUAAGUACUUUGACUUCCAAGAGAAUAUGUCAAAAAAAUGUAACACUUCUGAUUCACCUCAAGAAAAUCGAAAUGAAUAUAUGAGAAAUUAUAUGCGAAAAAGAAGAGAAAACUCGCUGAUAAAACAGAAGGACAGGGAAAGUAACCUUAGAAGUAUGACUAAAGCAAGGCAGAGUAAAGAAUUUAAAGAGAAAGAACUUACCUCAAAAAAAAUUGUCAGAGAAAAUCCAGAGAGAAAGCAGAAGGACAGAGAAAGUAACCUUAGAAGUAUGACCAAAGCAAGGAAGAGUAAAGAAUUUAGAGAGAAAGAACUUGCCUCCAAACAAAAAAACAGAGAAAAUUUUCAGACAAAACAGAAGGACAGAGAAAGUACAUUACAAAGUAUGACCAAAGCAAGACAAAGAAAGAGAAGCAAAGAAAAGGAAAAGAAACAAUGUAGAGCAGUUGGAGAAGGAACAUUUUCAGCUUCUUCUCUGAAACUACUAAACCAAUUUUAG